UUUAUAGAUGGCAGGACUAAGGGAGAGAUCGCCUCAAGGUGUGAAAGGAAACUCCCCCAAAGAAAGCAGUUGAUUGCUGAAAAUGAGUCUGAGUUUGGGGUUGGGAAUGGCAUAGGAUAAGCCCCGCCUCUUACUGUGUAAUCUAGGGCAAGCUAUGUAACUUUUCAGAACCUUUAUUUUUUUUUUUAACCUGGUGAAAUGGGGUUCCAAUCUGCUUAGUUUCUUGUGAGGGUUAAACAUGAUAAGGUAUAAUCCUAAUUUCUUUCCUUUCUGUCUUGAGUAAGAGGGAUUCUUAGAACACAGGAGAGAAGGAGAUCAUCUGAAAUUAUUUGGAGUCACAAGCAUAUCAACCACUCCAGGCCUCAACUUCUGCCUCCAGUGGGCAGGAGCAAGUUUCUAGAUUGGGGUGCCCAUAUUUGUGAUGAUGGAAAUGGUUCUGCACUAUUUUGCACUUUGUGACUAGGGCAAAUAAGAAAUUGAAUCUUAAAUAGCCAUAUGUGGUGAUCGGCUACCCUAUUGAAUAGUGCAGUUCCACAGCAUUAGAAGAGGAAUAGUUCACUUGAAUUUUUUUCACUUGUAUUUUUUAGAUUACAUUAUUAUACAUAUACAAAUGUAUAGGAUAUAAACUGAGUUGUAACAUAUCAUUGAAAAAUAUUGAUAAAAAGACUUGUAGGGUUGAUAGCCCUUUAGGGGCAUGUGGUCAACUUUGUUAAACUCCCUCUAAUAUGCUAUAGAUGUUCCAAAUGUGUGUAGCGAGUUACCAUAAAGUUCUCAAUACAUAUGUGGGAUAGUUUGUAUUCUGCAAAAAGUUCCAAGGUGGGGAAAUGCAUUUACCUCCACAGAGUUAAAUUGUGGUCACAUAGCUAAUCGGUAUGUUCAACAUUUGGGUUUCCUGACUUCUCUGACUUGUCUGUCCUUGCAACAUGGUGCUUCUCCAAAAUUAGAGCCUCUCUGUGGAAGGCUUUGCAAUAAAGAAGUUCAUGAAUUGAUUGCUUUAGCAUUCGAUCCAGUGUCUCAAGAGUCUGUUAUUUCCCAAGAGGAGAACCCUGAAGAAAAUAAAAUGGUUUCUGUCCUUCGGAGAACUGAGUCCCUGGAAUCUGUGACAUUCAAGGAUGUGGCAGUGAACUUUUCCAGAGGAGAGUGGAGGAGGCUGGAGCCUUUUCAGAAGGAGCUCUAUAAGGAAGUGCUACUGGAGAACUUGAAGAACCUAGAGUUUCUGGGCUUUCCAGUUUCCAAAUUAGAUUUGAUUUCCCAGUUUAAGUGGGUUGAACUGCCGUGGCUGCUGGAAAAAGAAGUUUCAAAAGGCUCCAGAUCAGAGUGUGAACCUACAGGUGAAUUGAAGGAAUCCUUUCGAAAUCAAGAUGUUCUUCUGGAUGAAUCAACUUUAGAUAAAAUAAUAGAAAGAUGCUUAAUGAGUGGUAAUUAUGGCUCCAUGGGAGAGUCCCGGAAGCAUGGUAGUAAGGAAUAUUCACAACUCGCAGUCACACAAAAGAAAUCUCAUGGGAGAGGCAGUAAGGGUGAGGAAUUUGACCCAGAAAAGAGCCCCUUUGGAAGUAAUUUCAGGCAAACCUCGGACAUAAUUAAACAUCUGAGAGUCUACUUAAGGAAGAAAUCUCGGAGGUAUAAUGAAGGCAAGAAGCCCUUUAGUUUUCACUCAGACCUUAUUCUGAACCGCAAAGAACACACUGGAGAAAAGCCACGGAAAUGUAACGAAGGCAGGAAAGUCUUAGGUCACUCUUCAUCCCUCACCGAACAUCAGAAACAUCAGAAACAUCAGAAAGUACAUUUUGCAGGGAAGGCCCGGAAGUGCACUAACUGUGGGAUAGCCUUUACACACAGCUCAUCCUUUAAGAAAAAAAAGUCCUCUAUGUGUGAAAAAUGUUGGAAAAUUUUAAAUCGAGAAACAACCUCAGAUAAAGAUGAGGGAGCUGAGAUGGGAGAGAAAACCCAUAAAUGCAGUAAAUGCGGAAAAGCCUUUGGCUAUAGUGCCUCACUGACCAAACACCGGAGAAUUCACACAGGGGAGAAACCCUACAUGUGCAAUGAGUGUGGAAAAGCUUUCAGUGACAGUUCAUCCCUCACGCCACAUCACAGAACUCAUAGUGGAGAGAAACCCUACAAAUGUGAUGACUGUGGAAAAGCUUUCACCCUGAGUGCCCACCUCAUCAAACACCAGAGAGUUCAUACUGGAGAAAAACCCUAUAAAUGUAAAGAAUGUGGGAGACCCUUCAGUGACAGUUCAUCUCUUAUCCAACAUCAGCGAAUUCAUACUGGAGAAAAACCCUACACGUGUAACAACUGUGGGAAAUCCUUCAGUCACAGCUCGUCCCUUUCCAAACACCAGAGGAUUCAUACUGGAGAGAAACCCUAUAAAUGUGGGGAGUGUGGAAAAGCCUUCAGACAGAAUUCUUGCCUUACUCGACAUCAGAGGAUCCACACUGGAGAAAAACCCUACUUGUGUAACGACUGCGGGAUGACCUUUAGCCAUUUUACAUCCGUCAUUUAUCACCAGAGACUUCAUUCGGGAGAAAAGCCCUACAAGUGUAACCAGUGUGAGAAAGCCUUCCCUACGCACUCACUCCUCAGUCGGCAUCAGAGAAUUCAUACUGGCGUAAAACCUUACAAAUGUAAAGAAUGUGGGAAAUCCUUCAGUCAGAGUUCAUCGCUUAAUGAGCACCACCGUAUUCACACCGGAGAGAAGCCCUAUGAAUGUAGCUACUGUGGAGCAAGCUUCAGCCGGAGCUCGAUCCUUGUAGAACACCUCAAAAUCCACACUGGGAGGAGAGAGUAUGAAUGUAAUGAAUGUGAAAAGACAUUUAAGAGUAACUCAGGCCUCAUCAGACAUCGGGGAUUUCAUUCUGGAGAGUAAUUCUAGAAAUACAGGAAAGUGGGGGGUGGGGUGGGGGUGGAAUCUCAUCAAAUGGUCCCUUAUUAAAACCCUGGGGUGCAAACUACCACAGCGUCGAUUAGUAGCUACAACUUUGAUGGGUUGGCAGCUGGUGAAAAACACUUUCUGCCAUUCACCACUCUUCAGCAGAUCAUAAUUAAGGUUGGUAAAGUCAUGUGGAAAAUGAAGAAAGCAGGAUGAGAUGUGCAAUGAUUCUGAAAGGCCAAAUGCAAAUUUAAAAAGCAAGAGGAGGCUCACAGGACCCACCCAAGAACCUCUACUUCUGGAGAAGGGGUCUUCUUCAUAUAAUCCUUGCUUCUAGCAAGAACUGGGCCCGAGUCCUAACCUGGGUUCUGGGUUCUGUCCCCAGUCUGCCAGCCAACUCACUAUAUAACCUUGGGCACAUCAUUUGACGUUUCUAAGUUUGAGUUUCUUUACUGGUGGAAUGAAGGGGGUGGGGCUCACGAUUUCUAAGUUUACCUCUGAUCCCCUAUGAAGCUGUGGGAAUAAGCUAAACACGUUUGGUUCAUUGGAAGUUUCAAGUUUCUCUAGUAGGAAAGUACUCAUUUAAGAUUCUGGACUUCUAGCUUAGUGAGAAUGCAGUAUACUCUGAAUGCCUGAUGCUGGAAUCCCAGAAUAUCAACAGGAAGGAGUCGGAGGAGCUCACACGGGUGUGUCUUCAGGGAAUGUUCUCACUGGACAAAGUCCCCCAACCUGUUUUUCCCUCUGGGCUGUGACUGAGGGGAUUAGGAAUCUAGAGGACACAUAUUGGAGCCAUCUCAGCCAUGAGGGUACCAGUCCUGGGAAAGUAGGUUGGGGGCUGGGGAGGGGGGCGGGUGGGAGGAAACGGGUGCUGAAAACAGAGCUAUUCUGGAUGGAUUAUCUUUUACAAAAUAGAAUUCUAUUUUUUUAAGAGUUUGCGUAUCCCAAGCACAGCCCCCCCGUAAUCGGAGUGGAAACGUGUAUGGUGACAAAGCUCACAAGUUAAGACUGGGCCGUUGGAUAUGUGUUGGUUGGUCUGCAUGGUAAGGGGUGUGUGUGUGUGCGUAACUAGUUGUCACUACUUAAAAAUUAGGAGAUUUCAUACCAAAAAAAAAAGGCUUGCCUUGAAAAAUUAUAAGGGCUGACACCCCUGGCCCAUAUUUUUAGUGGAGUAGUCAGCUGGUUUGGGGUAGCAGCUGCUACCUUUACACAGGGAAUCUAAUCCACUCUUCUACUGGCCUAGUUCUCUAAUUUAUAGGACCUGACUUGCCCCAUUUCGGAAACCUGAUAUUAUGAUCUCCUGCCAUCUGGAGAGUAUGCAGUCUAAGGUCUAAGGAGACUCCAUUGAUAGUAAAAAUCAGAAGACUGUACAAAUCCCACAAAAUUACUUUGUCAGUUAAAUGUUUUGUUGUGAAAGUAGACCUGAAAAAGAGAGUGAGCAGAUAUUUGUGGAUUAUUUCUUCUGAAUCCCAUUGGUCGGGUGUGAAUACUUUUUCUGACUGAAAAAGGAAUGAAAACCCUGAGUCAGGUUUAGAUCUCAAGUCUUUGGGUUCUGGAGGCACCAUACAAUAUGGUACCAAAAAGUUCCUAAAGUUGAAACUUGAGGGCACUCCUAGAUAAAUGAGAAGGAAAACAGAGAAGUUGGGGCUUAUGGAAGGGAAGAGAUCCUUAAUGCUAAUCGGAGACUCAGCAAUAUUUGCUGUGAUUUAAUAGGUUUGUGAUGCUACCUCUGGAUAAUGCUUUUGGUUUCUUCCCAAUACCCCAACUCCCCAACCCUCACCCCCCAUCCAAAAGCUUGUGGUUCAGACACUGCUGUGUGGUAAACAGAUCUGCGUAGUUACUGCUAAACGGACCAACCAGAGACAUUCUAGCCAUGAAAGGAAUGUGGCUUAUGAGAAUCCUUCAUCCUGGUCUAUGUUUUUUUCUGAGCGUAUAUAAACCCUGGUGGGUUUUUUCCCAAAAAGAUACAAUUUAUAGAGAGAAAUGUGUAAAAUUCUUGAGGCAUGUUCCAUGAUGUUUACUGAUUACAUCCUCCAGCAUUCAUAAGAGGAUGUUUUAUACCAGUAUCAGUUGGGUAUCUGGAACAUAGGGGUUUUCCUUAACAAGUUUAUCUGGGUGUAAAUUACCUAUAAAAGUCAUUUCAAGUGUACAAUUCAGUGACUGUUGGCAGAUCCACUGAGUUAUACAGUCAUCACCAUAAUCCAUUUUCAGAACAUUUUACCACCUCAGUAAGAUCCCCAUUCCCACACCUAGUCUCAGGCAACCACUCACCAGUUUACACUCUUGUCUCUGUAGAGUUGCCUUUUCUGGACAUUUUAUACAAAUGGGAUCGUAUGUGGUCUUUUGUUUUUCGUUUAUGUAUUUUCUAAAUGUGUGUUGUAGCAAAUCAGUCCUUUAUUUUUAUUAUUAAAUGAUACCCUAUUUUAGGGGUACACCAUAUCUUGUCCAUUCACCAGUUGAAGGACAUUUGGGUUGUUUACAGUUUUUGGCUGUUAAAAAUAAUGCUGCUUUGAACAUUGACGUGUAAGUCUUUCUGUAGACACAUCUUCAUUUUUCUUAGGUAGACGCCUGAGUGGCUGGCUCUUAUGGUAAGUUUUUGUUUAACUUUUUAAGAAAUUGCCAAAUUGUUUUCCAAGUGAGUACAUCGUUUUUCAUUCUGAACAGCGCUGUAUGAUCCCCUAUAAUCUGGGAAAUACAUAUCUUGAAAUCUAAAGAGACUCCGUUGAUAAUAAGUAAAAUUCAGGAGAAGAACGUUAAAAAAUCCUACAGAGUGACUUUUCAGUUAAGUUUUCUUUGUGAAAUUAGACCUCAGAGGAAUACAGUGUGCAGACAUUAGAGGAUUAUUUCUUGAGAAUUUCAUUGGCAGAGUCUGAAUGAUUUCUAAAUGAAAAGGGUACUAAAGCCCUGAGUCCAGUUUCUCUGCAUCCUCACCAGCCCUUGUUAUAUUGUCUUUCUCAUUAGUGUCCCAAGGGUUGAAAUGGUAUCUCUUUCUGGUUUUAAUUUGCAUUUCCCUGAUGGCUAAUAAUGUGGAGAAUCUUUUCGUGUCGUAUUUUUUUUAUUCUAUGUAAAAGUCCUUUCUCCAGUAAACUCUCUAAGUACUAGCCACAGGAGAGCAUCCUCAAACCCGGCUUCACGAUAUUUAUCAAAAGCUCAAUAACUGCUUAUGUAUGCUUGCCAAAAGGAUAUUUGAUGUGGGCCAUCACCUAAGUACUUAAAUUCAUUUUUUAUAUCCUAUCAGAUCAUCAAGAGAUUCUAAACUUUUGAUCCCUUACAGAAUUGUUUGUAUUAACCAGUAUUUGACUUAAUACCGUGUAUGUACAUUGACAGAUGUUAAAAUCAGCCCUUUAGCACAUUCUACUUUAAAAUGAAGACCUUGCUUUUAAAAAUGUUUCUUCUUAAUGAGUUUCUACUGAAGAAACUUCUUUCAGGUCACAGGACAAGAUAAAGCUUCUCCUGUCAGUGAAUCUACUUUUAUUUUACUUAUUUAUGAAUUCAUUUUUAAUGUGGUAAAACAUACAUAAAAUGUACAUUUUAA